CACUCAACCAAAACACAUUUCUUCCAAUCCACUUCUUCAUCAUAAAACACAUAACUAUUAUUUUACCUUCUCUUCUCUAAUUUUCAUAAUCGUUAAGAAUGGAAAUGGUUAGCAAGAUUGCAUGCUUUGUGCUUUUGUGCAUGGUAGUGGUUGCACCCCAUGCAGAGGCACUAACUUGUGGUCAAGUUACAUCUUCCUUGGCUUCUUGUUUCCCUUAUCUGAUGAACCGCGGUCCUCUCGGAGGCUGUUGUGGUGGUGUUAAGAGCCUUUUGGGUCAAGCCCAGACUACAGCAGACCGACAAACCGCAUGCACUUGCCUGAAAUCAGCAGCUAGUUCUUUUACAGGCCUUGAUUUGGGCAAAGCUGCUAGUCUCCCUAGCACUUGUAGUGUCAACAUCCCUUACAAGAUCAGCCCCUCUACUGACUGCUCUAAGGUUCAGUAAAGCUGAUCAUCAGAAUUUGGUAUCAUGAGGAGAAUUAAGAAUAAUAUAGAUGGAAAUUGAUCUUUGCUUGUAGAUCCAUUGUUUCUAUGUUGUAUCAGUUGUCACUUUCUGUUUUUUCUGUGUUUUUUUUUAAAUCGUACGUAGUCGAGUGUUGUAUGAAAAUUUCACGAUUGGCUAUUAUGUAUUAAUCCAAUCUAUCUUAU